GUUCCUCCAAAUCCACAAUUUCCAGCAAGUAAUCAAGUUUUUCUAUGCUAGUUGCUAGCUAGUUUGGUUGAUUUGUGAUAACUAUGCUUAAUACAAGUGAAGAAUCAAAGGUGAUGAUGGAUUGCAUCUACAAAGACUCGAAUGCCCCAAUCGAAGCCAGAGUCAAAGACCUCCUCUCGCGGAUGACCUUGCAAGAGAAAAUCGGUCAGAUGACCCAGAUUGAGCGCCAGGUCGCCACUGCUUCCGCCAUUAAAGAGCUCUCAAUAGGGAGCAUGAUGAGUGUAGGAGGAAGUGGGCCGUUUGAAAAUGCCCUAUCAUCAGAUUGGGCGGCGAUGGUAGAUAAUUUUCAGAAGGCUGCACUGCAGUCACGGCUUGGAAUCCCAUUGCUUUAUGGGAUCGAUGCUGUUCAUGGUAAUAACAAUGUAUAUGGCGCUACCAUUUUCCCCCACAACAUAGGCCUUGGAGCAACCAGAGAUGCCGAUUUGGUUCGAAGGAUUGGUGCCGCAACAGCUCUUGAAGUUAGGGCGAGUGGCAUGCACUAUACCUUUGCGCCAUGCAUUGCCCAGGUAUGCAGAGAUCCCAGGUGGGGAAGAUGCUAUGAGAGCUAUGGUGAAGACCCUAACAUUGUUAGAAUGUUGACCUCAUUGGUUACUGGCCUGCAAGGUGAAACUCCCCAGGGACAACCAAGUGGCUAUCCUUACGUUGCAAAGAGGGAAAAUGUUGUUGCCUGUGCAAAGCACUUCGUUGGAGAUGGUGGCACCAGAAAUGGCAUAAAUGAAGGGGAUACAACAUCAGAAUAUGACGAAUUAGAGAAAAUUCAUAUGGCUCCUUAUGUAGAUUGUAUUGCUCAAGGAGUGUGUACGAUCAUGGCAUCCUACUCUAGCUGGAAAGGGUCCAAACUACAUGGUAGCCAUUUUCUUCUCACAAAGAUCUUGAAAGAAAAGCUUGGGUUUAAGGGGUUCAUUAUUUCUGACGCUGAAGGUCUGGACAGACUUUCCCAACCUCUUCCUCAUGGAUCAAACUAUAAGCAAAGUGUCUUGUUAGCAAUCAAUGCAGGAAUUGAUAUGGUUAUGGUGCCUUUUCGCUACCAACUAUUUCUAGAGGCUUUGAUGCAUCUGGUGAAGUCUGGAAAAAUCCCAAUGACCAGAAUUGACGAAGCAGUUGAAAGAAUAUUAAGAGUGAAGUUUGCUUCUGGCCUCUUUGAACACCCCCUUAGUGAUGGAUCUUUGUUGGGUAUGGUUCGAUGUGAGGUACAUAAAGAAUUAGCUCGUGAAGCAGUGAGGAAGUCUUUAGUUCUGUUAAAGAAUGGGAAGGAUCCAAAAGAACCAUUUCUUCCAUUGGACAGGAAUGCUCGGAAGAUUCUAGUUGCAGGAAGGCAUGCAGAUGAUCUCGGAUACCAAUGUGGCGGGUGGACAAAGACAUGGAAUGGUGAAAGCGGCAAAAUAACUACUGGAACUACAAUUCUGGAUGCUGUUAGAGGAGUUGUUAGUGACAAAACUGAAGUUGUAUACGAGCAAGAUCCAUCCGCAAGUACCAUAUCUGGAAAAGACUAUUCUUUUGCCAUAGUUGUUGUAGGCGAAGCUCCAUAUUGCGAAUCUGGUGGUGACAGCAGCACACUCGAAAUUCAUUUUAAUGGAGCUGAACUAAUAAGCACAGUCGCUGAUGAUAUCCCGACUCUGGUGAUCUUGAUAUCAGGGAGGCCUUUGGCUUUGCAACCACAGCUUUUGGAAAAGAUGGAAUCUCUCGUUGCUGCCUGGCUUCCCGGCAGCGAGGGGAACGGGAUCACAGAUGUUAUUUUCGGAGAUCAUGAUUUCCAAGGACAACUUCCGGUUACUUGGUUCAAAAAUGUCGAACAACUUCCUAUGCAUGCCGAAGAUGAGUCUUACGAUCCUUUAUUUCCAAUCGGUUUUGGUUUGACGAGCAGAAAUGAGGUCAUCAAUCGAGCACACCCUCAAGAACAGGCAAUGAUCUAA